AUGUCUCAAGUGCAGCAGGGCCUCGGGCUGGCCGACCUUGAAAAAGAGCUGGGAUGCUCGAUCUGUACGGAGCUGCUCUACCAGCCCCUCACUCUCCUUGACUGCCUGCACACGUUUUGCGGAUCCUGCUUGAAGGAAUGGUUUACAGCACAAGGCUCGCGCCGCCGGCCCUCCGGCACUUCUCCCCGAUUCACCUGCCCAUCCUGUCGUGCUGAAGUUCGUGGCACUCGCCCAAAUGCCACCGUUACCACCUUACUAGAUAUGGUGUUGGUAUCGCAGCCCGACCGUGCUAGAUCUGCUCCCGAGAAGGAAGAAAUCGCAGAGAAAUACCACCCUGGAGACUCCGUCUUUCCUCCUCCACAGGACGACAAUGAGAGCGAGGAGGAUGAAGAUGAUCGGAGAAUAUUGGAGGAAAUUCAGGAGCUGAGUCUCCGCGAGAGUCGGGCUCAGGCGCGGCGGGAGGCCCGACGGGGCGGACACUCAGACAGGACGCGGGAGAGGAGCAGCAAUCCUGAGCGACCGCAGCGCACCUCACGGACCCAUGGGGAUGCAGAACGUGCCCGGCGUGUUGAGCAUCAGUCAAGUUUGCGGUCGCUGCUCAGCCUGUCGUCUGAGGCAGAGACGAUGGAAGAGGAAAUUCUGCGACAGAUCAUUGAGGAGGGGUUGCUGGAUGACGUCGACUUCGAGAACCUAAGCUCCACACAAGAAGAAGAGCUUAGUGAGCGCAUUGCAGAUGCCUAUCGCCGGAGACAUAUGCAACAACCGCGCGAUAGCCAAGGGCAACGACGCAGACAGUCCCCCGAAGACGCCAGUCGAACUCAUUCGCGGUCACAGUCAGCUCAAAGACCGGACGAAACAACCACAUCCACGACCAGCCGCGAUCAAAAUAACAGACGGCCACCAGCAUCCAGGCCGCACUUGCUUGAUCCAACCACGCAACGCCCGACUCCAAGUCAUCACCGAAGGAACUCGGAACAACUCGGUGAGCGCCGAGGACCCUCACCUACCCGGGUAAACCAAGCAUCAAAUUCAGAAGAUACACUGCGGCCAGCUGUUCGAUCCUCGAGUGAUAUGACUGCAGAGCGCACGCGUAGCUCUCAAAAUGCGCGGUCAAGAGUAGAGUCAUCUUCAACCCGUCCGCGACGAGCCACUGAGUCGGACGAGGGCAUAUCUGAUGUAUGGAUGGGCGGAGGAAGAGAAAGGAGCUCCUCCCGUAACGUCACCAGCCAGUCUAUAACAGAUUCUCCAACCUCGGUUUCUUCACCACAACUCGGCCCGCCCAUCUCAACACCGACAGAUCACUCAGCCCCGGCAUCAUCUUCGCCUCUUGUCCCAGCCAGAUCAGACAGGCGACCCAGAUCGUCGCGAUCAAACGUCCCAGCGCCUUCCAAUGCCCAAUACGUUGAGCCCUCCAUUUCAUGUGAUCGUUGUGGAAAAGCGAACAUCCAAUACGAUUUGCACAAAAAAUGUCCGAAGUGCAAGGACGGGGACUAUCACCUCUGUCUACGGUGCUAUCGUACAGGCCUAGGCUGCCUCCAAUGGACUGGCUUCGGCUCAUCUGCCGAGGAAACGUAUAAACGGAUACUUGCAUCUUCUAAUCAUCGCUCUGUGCAAGUACGCGAAACUGGUCAUGUGCUGGGCUCUUACAAAUAUGGACGACCUCCAGAGACCGCGCAAUUGAUCACAAACGGCGAAAGAAAAUUGACGAAUGACAAUCCAGCGCGUCGUCUGAAAUCAGGGCUUUUCUGCGACAUUUGCCAAAAUCCGGCUAACGAAUGCUUCUGGAAAUGCAGCCAAUGUAACGAAGGUGACUGGGGCUUUUGUAACCGCUGUGUCAACCAGGGAAGAUGCUGCACCCAUCCACUGUUGCCGAUUCGACGUAUGACAAGCCACCCAACUGCAUCGGCGACAAGUACACCAGCGGAUGCGAAUAGCUUAUCCGGACCGUCUGGCUCAGAAAGCUUCAAAAUUCUCUCCUUCUCCACCAAGUGCGAUAUCUGCACCUACCCAAUCCCUGCUUCGGUGACGCGUUUCCAUUGCCUGCAAUGUAACGACGGUGAUUACGAUGUCUGCACCAAUUGCUACCUCAAGCUAGUGGCAACUUCCAAAAUCAGCAAGGAGAAUGGGCAUAAUGGCUGGCGACGCUGCAUCUCUGGCCAUCGCAUGAUUGUUGUUGGCUUCGAAGAUCACGAUGACGGCCAACGACGAGUCAUCGUGCGAGACUUGGUCGGUGGUCAUGCCCUCCAAGAUGAACAUGUUGGACCUUCUCCCUCGUCCUCUCCAGCCAGCGGUGUCCCUGCUGCAUCUCCCGAGUUGGGAACUGGCCACUGGAGCUGGAAAGAAGGACAAGAACGCCGCAAGAAGAUUGCUCGUCUCCGUGGCCCUUCCACUCUUCCCAACAGUAGCAGCUCCAACGCCCCGUCUUCUGAGCCCAGCCAAAGCACGGGCACACCUACCUCGCAACAUACCCCUCCCUUCCGCCGUUUCCCACCGGAUGGAGGCGUCGGCUUCAUCGUUCGUGCCAGGUGGUUCUUUUACCCAGAAGAGGGGGUUGAAGACGAGCUGUUCUUCCCAAGUGGCGCCGAUAUCAAGGAGGUUGACAUCAUCAACGACGACUGGUACUGGGGCUGCUAUGCUGGCCGUAAGGGAUUGUUCUUUGGGAAGCGUGUCGAGGUGAUAGGGGAGAUCCAAUAA